AUGCCGCAAACAGGUGGCGUGAUGUGCGCAUGUCUCGUGAUGUCAGCAGGUAGCACAGAGAGUGUGCUAGGUUAUAGGGUGACGCAAAAAUAAAAGUGCCGAGAAUCUUGGAAAACAAAAUCGCUCACGCUCCAGGUUGAGGUGCAGUCGCUUCCCAACUUCGCUCAAUUACGCUCGUUCUUAUUUCGCUCCUCCUUGGCUAAAAGGUGCAGGACUAAAAAGACACGCCAGACUCCGAAGAAUCGCUCAGCCAUCCAAGUGCAGUGCUGACAGCCAUGGCAAAGUCCCUCGGCACGCAAAAAUAUGAGCAACGAGUCAUUCUGCCUGUCGGAUCGAAAGAGAUUGAAUUCACCGUGCCACCAGGAGCUUUCUCUUUUACGCCGCCUCGAGCUCGACGUGGUAACCAGACGUUGGAUAUCCCGACAAAGAACGGGCCGUCCCUGUCACCGAGCGACGCCCAUACUGGGAACAACCUUGGGAACAACGUCCGUCAAAGACGUUUCUCGACGGCGUUGCUUUUCCCCGGCCGAGUUGACGGUACCUCCUCGCCUCUUCUUUCACCUUCCAUCCUUCUCCACUGCUCGGCUCCGUCGUCGCCCAUUCCCAACUACUCGCCGUCGCCGUCUCAUUCGCCCUGUCUCUCGCCGCUGCCGUCGGUACACACUGGCAUUCCUUUUCAAUUUCUUCCGGGAAAGAAGUCCAAGUCCAGCGCGAUCACGUACACCAUCACCUGCGAAGGAAGUGUCACCUCCGACUACCUCGAGCCGCAAUUCUCCCGUUUUGUCAGGUGUCACGUCCAACAUCGGCUCUAUAAAUCCGGAUCUGUACAAGAAUCCGCUGAUUCCCGAAGAAGAUACAAGCAACUACCCAGAAGGUCACCUGGGACGCUUCUGGUUCAGCAUUAAUUACGACUUGGAGCAGGAGAAACUCCUGAUCAAUCUCAUCCGCAUUCACAACUUGCCGAGCCGCGAUAAAGACUCGACCACAGCGUGCGAUCCUCUUGUCAGAGUGGCGUUACUGCCGGGCGAACGACGGUACCAUCAGUCGAGUAUUCAGCGGAAAACAUGCAACCCAGUUUUUAACGAAGUCUUCGGUUUCUGCGUGUCACACAAAGAGCUCCAGGAACAAACCGUCAAGUUCACCGUCAUCGACAACGGGCGACUUCGUAAGAGGCAAAUUAUCGGUCACUUGCUCUGCUCGUUGAAAAACAUUUCGAUCGAAGACGGCAAACAGCAAAUAAUUACUCAAGACAUCACUAAAGAUCCGUCGGUCGUUGGAUCACCGGGUGAAAUGCACCUUUCACUUUGUUACCAUCCGUCCGCUGACCGCUUCACGGUGACCGUCUUGCAGGCCCGAAACAUCAGGGCUCCGAAUACGGCCACGCCGGACAGCUACGUCCGACUGACAUUGUUUAACCAAACGCGUGCCGUCAAGACGAAGCGGACGGGUAUCAUCCGACGCUCGGCAGAUCCUUGUUAUAACGAGAGUUUUCAUUUUCGGCUAGAGACCGCCAAUGUUGACACUACCAAUAUAGUUUUGGCCAUUCACCAGCCCGACAACAAAGAUCGCAUUCUGGGUCGCUUGGUACUCGGCUCGUUCAUGUUUGCCCGUGGACGUGGAAUGGCUCACUGGAACGAUAUGUUUGCUCGACCCAGGGAACACGUUCAACUUUGGCAUCCUCUACCUGAUCUCAACUGACAGCCGGAAAAUAAUGGCUCCUAGUCCGUUGAUUGACUAUGCUUUCCUUGCCGACCUACUUUAACACGAGAAAGAAAAAGUACAGAUAGCGCUGUCGGUGUUGAUAUUCUUCUAUAUUCGUAACAGAAAAUUUAAAUUACUUCUCAACUUAAAAAUGUUUUCCUAUUUCUUAUAUACAUAUAUUUGUAUCUCCGCGAAUGGGCCCGAUGAAUAUUCCUUUUGAAAUUCUGGUCAUCAAUCUUCCCGAAUUCUUAUUCAUUUUUGCAUGAAUCCAUUCACUAACGCCCGUUGUUCCCCGUUAAUAACUUUGACAUUUUCUAAUGCAAGUUGUUUAAAAACACCAGUAUUUAUACAGUACUCCGAGAAGAUAUUAAUUUUCAUAAAAUCAGUCACUUUAUUGACCGAAUCUGAUCUGAAGAAAUAAAUCGGAUGAACUAUCUCCCUGAUUGGGGAUUUUAAAAA